GGCCAUGUCUGGCGUUUGCCGGUUGUAUGUCUGUGCCCUCAGCCUUCCACCGCCAACAUCGCAAUAUAGUAAUAGAAGAAGAUGAGCCUAUUCAUCUUUUGGAUGAUUUAUCGCAUGGGGAUGGUACAUUCUGGGACCAUCGGGGCGUAGCCUUUGCUAAGGUUAACCUUUCGUUGGAUAUCGACCCUUCAUCUCGUGUAUCGGACUCGCUGUUGAGCAUUCACAGCGUGAUGCACAAGAUUCUUUGGGGAGAUCACAUAUCGAUAAAGCUGUUACGCGAUGUGGACGCUGACCUGCUGUCUAAGCACUAUGACACUACUCCUCAGGGUGAUGUACUGUUACUUUUGGACGAAACAUCGGACAUAGAUAAACACGCGUCGAAUCGUUCUAGCGAGACCGAUGUAUCAUUCCCCUUUGACGAGUCCAACCUCAUUGCCAAGACUUUGGACAAAGCUCGCAGGGGCAACGAGUCAUAUUUAGUGUUGACUCGAAAACGCAUACCUGCUGGCACUGGACUUGGUGGCGGUACUGCUGACGGGGCAUAUGUUCUAAAGUCACUUGGUAGCAUGCUACCUCCUGAAGAGAGCCUUUCAAUUGGUUCUGACUUUGCAUUUCUACAGUCUAGUGACAGCAUAGCUCUAGUAUCUGGUAGGGGCGACAAAGUAACGCCUCUACCACCGUUGAAUUACACGAUGCCGCUAUACAUCUUAAUACCUGACGAGGUAUGUAAUACGGCUGAAAUAUUCAAGCGUGCUCGUGAGUUGAUGCAGCAGGGGCGUAUGGAAUAUCGAACGUAUUCAAUGGAGAGGGCCAUUAUAGAACUGGCGCAAUUCGACAAGUACAGGCCUCAUAACAGCCUGGAGUCAUGUAUAGAUAAUGAAGUUGUGAAGUCCCUGCUGUCAACACUAGCAGACAACCUGGGUCAACAUCAGUACGGCAUGAGCGGCAGCGGCAGCGCCUGCUUUGCCAUAGGAGUGGAUGACAUUGAUGUAUUACGUGUUAGGGAGGUAUUCGGCCGCCCUCUGAAGAUUGUAAAAACCAGGUUAAUGCAACCUGGAGACACUCGCUGUGAAUUCAGUUACUUAUAACGCUC